CUGCAUAAUCUCAUUGCAUAUUUCAAACUCGCGCUUACUUGCAGGUGAUCCAACAUGCACUUGAAAUUAAUCUGUUCCCGUUAUUGGCUGAGUCGAGGAAUCGUUGUCGACUGCGCGAUAUAGAAUUAGACACACUCACUCGACGUUCCGCAAGCGUUGACGGCUCUUCAUACAGCAAGAUAUUCUUCUCAAUUGGUGGUACAAAUGGCAUUUGAUGGACAGGAGUUGAAGUGGCUAGAGGUGAGAACCAAAGAUCCAUGCACGUGCUGGUUGGUUUUGAUGGUACUGACUCGUGUUGUCAAGUCUCAUAAUUUCACAUCGUGGGGCAUCCACGUAUCUCGAACACUAGAGAGGAAGCACCGAGAGCCCCACGAGAGUUACAGCUUGUCUGGAGCCUGCACAGGAAUCCUAAAUGGCCACAUCGCUGUGAUUGUUGGAGGCAAAGAAGAAUUGCCAAGUGAGAGCUUCACGAGCGUAUCACGACUGGAUUUGUUUGACUUGAACACUACCAAAUGGCUCACUGGGUACGAUGUCCACGGGGAGCUCACUCACCGUAUCGGCCACUCUGUGGUCACGCUGGACAAGAAAGCCUACACCUUUGGCGGUGAGCCACUAGAUCCGAGCGUUGGCUUCGAGGUUUCACUGAACGGGCUCAUAGGCGACAUGUUCGAGAUCAGCUACGAGGAAGACGUCCUAUACUGCAUUGAUAUCACUCCGAUCAGUGGAGAUGGCACAGAUCCUACUAUUCCACCUUUACCUGCUCCAAGCGAGCGAGCGUGGCAUGCCAGUGCUGCAGUUGUAUAUCGAGAAACUACUAGCGACCCAGAAAGCCCGCCUACUCAAGGCAUUCUCGUCCUCGGAGGAAAGAAUUCUAAAGGUGCAACUUUGUCGGAUAUCUGGAUGCUGACAGUGAAUACUCCAGGACACAAGCCACGCUGGCAGCAGCUCUCGUCCACUACCGUUGGCGUACCAUAA